AUGCGGCAAAGGCAAGAAGCCAUUCAACGUACAGGGCAACAGGUGAAAUUGUCAAGAGCGCCGACUUUUGCAGUUUGUGGUGGAAAUUACGCUGGGGCUCAGAGUGGCAAUCUGAGCACGCCAAACUAUCCGUUGAAUUACCCAGACAGUUCCAAUUGCGUCUGGAUAAUACACUGUCCGUAUUAUCAUUACGUGACUGUAUCAUUACCUAAAGUAAGCAUCGAAUUCGACAAAACCUGUGCAUUUGAUUACCUCGUAUUUUUCGAUGGACCGUCAACCGAUGGCAGUACACUCAACCCACAAAAGUCGGGUGUAGAUCUGACAAAACCUAGAGUAUGCGGAGAAGGUUCUGAUUUGCACUGGAAAUCAAGUGGACACAGUAUUACUGCAAAAUUCGUUAGUGAUGAUAGCACGAGUGCAAAGGGGUUUUCUGGCACCUGGAGUUGUGUUCCCAAGAGCUUGCCUCCAACAACAGUCAACACAAAGAAGCACACAACCUCUUUAUCGCAAUCGCACGUGAUCAAAACCUCAAUGCACACCAAGCAAGUGUCCCAAAAGAACACCUUGACUGAGGCAACUUCGCACAAAUCGAAUUCAAUCUCAACCGUUCGUGGAACUGGAGAACACACAGUGACGAAAAGUCGCGUGAAGUCAAAGCAAAUAGACACUACCUACGUCAUCACGG